AUGUUGUGGACGACUGCAGGACUGCUCUGCUGCCUGCUUGUCCUCUGCCGAGCACAAGAAAUCAAAGAACUUCCUGGUGUCAGUUUUGAGGUCAACUUCAAACAUUAUUCAGGUUUCUUCCAAGUCUCCGAUACUCACUUUCUUCAUUACUGGUUUGUUGAAUCUCAAAAUAAUCCCUCAAAUGAUCCGUUGAUCUUCUGGUUCAACGGCGGUCCUGGAUGUUCGUCACUGGAUGGACUUCUCAACGAGAUGGGCCCUUACGUGGCUAACGUUGACGGGAAAAGUUUGAAGCAGAAUCCAUGGUCUUGGAAUAAGCUCGCCUCCGUCGUCUACAUUGAAUCCCCAGCUGGUGUCGGCUAUUCGUACUCAACGGAUGGUAAUAUCACCACAAACGAUGACCAAACUUCCUUGGAGAACUAUGAGGCCGUCAAGCAAUUCUUUACGACAUUCCCUCAAUUCCGUCAUCACGCCACACAUAUUAUGGGCGAAUCAUAUGGUGGUGUCUACGUCCCCACGUUGACGGCAAGAAUCGUUGACGGACAAAAAGAAUUCCCCAUCAAUUUGAAAGGAAUGGCUCUUGGAAAUGGUUAUGUGAACGAGAAGCUGAACAUUGACACAUCGAUUCGUUACGCUUAUGGACAUGGAAUUAUCGACGAGAAAACAUGGAACACACUUGAACGAGAAUGCUGCAAAGGUUGCAUUGACACUUGUGAUUUUACUCAGGUUACUGGUCACUGUGCCACAAUGGUCGAGGAUAUCUUCCAAUUUUUGUGGGCCGGUGGUUUGAAUCCGUACGAUCUUUAUAGAGAUUGUGAUCCUAAUCCGUCUGUCAACGGAGAGCGUAUGAUGCAUAUGCUUAAGGGCGUAGCUGCUGGAUACAAAUCUCUGGAGAAAGAGCAGAAGAAAGGAGAUCUGAUGAGCUUUUUACGAGCACACGAGCCUCUUUACGGUGAUGCUCCUUGCCUGAACGACACCGAUGUGAUCGUGUAUAUGAACGAUCGCAAUGUUAGAAAAGCUCUCAAUAUUCCGUCCAACCUCAAGAAAUGGGAUAUUUGCAGUAACGAAGUGACGACGACCUAUCAGAAACAAUACGGCGAUAUGGCUCCAUUCAUCAAAAAGAUCAUUAAAGCUAACGUUCGAGUACUUCUUUACUAUGGAGACACAGAUAUGGCGUGUAAUUUUAUGAUGGGACAACAAUUCUCGGAUCAGCUAGGAAUAAAGCGAAUUCUCGGCAAAACUCCAUGGAAAUUCGAUCGUCAAAUAGCUGGAUUUAAAACGAUGUUCGAAGGACUCACAUUCAUAACAGUUCGAGGAGCUGGUCAUAUGGCACCACAAUGGAGAGCACCUCAGAUGUACUACGCUAUCCAGCAAUUCCUCCUCAAUCAUCCCAUUUAA